AAAAAUGAUAUACCGAAACAGAGACGAAGAGGAUCAAAGUUGACGACCGGAAUAAGGAAUCUCUCAAUCUCACCUCCCCACCCGCCUCCGCCCCGCGCAUUCAUUCUUCGUGUCGUCGUGAUCAAUACGUCUCCCCAGAAUUGAAUCGAAUCGAAUCGAGUGGACUGAUGGAAUCCCCACGCAAAGGCCACGCUGAAGCAGAGCCUUCUCUCCUCCCCGCCCCGUCCUCUGCAUGAUUCAUUCCGACUCCCCACCUCCUCCCCUGUUUCCGCAGGAAACGGAAUUCUGAGGCCUGCCCGGAAUGCUCAUUGCGGCGUUCGGCGUGGAGAGGGAAGAGCUGUGAUUUGGGACUCCGGGGUCAAUGGGUCGGUGCCCGUGUUUCGGGUCCUGGAAGACAAGGAAGAAGCUCGAGAAGAACGAGAGCGUGAAAUCGAAGCUCUCCGUGAAAUCUCUCCCGAAGGAAUCAGCCCAUGAAGUAUCAACUCGAGAAGGGGGUUCGGUUGCUAUCGACAAAGCCCACACAUUCACAUACAGAGAACUUGCCACCGCCACCAAAGACUUCCAGGAAGAAUCAUUCAUCGGCCAAGGCGGGUUCGGGGCUGUUUACUUGGGGACCCUAAAGAGGACUGGUCAGGACCAGGUUGUGGCGGUUAAGAAGCUGGACAAAGGAGGUCACCAGGGGGACAAGGAGUUCCUGGUCGAGGUUCUGAUGCUCUCUCUUCUGCAUCACCCGAACCUUGUCAAUUUGAUCGGAUACUGCGCUGAAGGGGAGCAGCGACUCCUCGUCUAUGAGUACAUGCCCUUAGGAAGCUUGGAAGAUCACUUGCACGAACUUACGCCGGAUAUGGAGCCACUCGAUUGGAAUACCAGGAUGCAGAUUGCAGCUGGUGCAGCGAAAGGAUUAAACUAUUUGCACAAUGAGGCAAGCCCAUCAGUCAUAUACAGGGACUUGAAGUCAUCGAAUAUACUGUUGGAUGAAGGUUUCCAACCGAAACUUUCUGAUUUCGGACUCGCUAAGUUUGGGCCAGUUGGAGAGAAAUCACAUGUCUCAACGAGGGUGAUGGGGACCCAUGGUUACUGUGCACCCGAGUAUGCCUUGAGCGGAAAAUUGACGAUGAAAUCCGAUAUAUACAGCUUUGGUGUGGUCUUGCUUGAGCUUAUCACUGGGCGUAGAGCUCUAUCCUUGGAGAAUGGUCAUGCAAGAUAUCUCAUCGAAUGGGCGCGGCCAAUGAUGAAGGACCGGAGGAAUUUCGUACAGUUGGCAGACCCAAACCUGAAGGGUCAGUUCCCAGAAACUGUGCUAAGGAAUGCUGUUCAACUAGCAUCAAUGUGCCUCCGAGAGGAGCCCAACACCCGUCCCUCGAUGACCGAUGUGUCGGAAGCACUAAACCACCUCAUGUCCCAAAAGUACGAUCCAAACGCCCCACGUAAGGUCCACAGACCCCGGCCGAGGAGACCGGCCCCCAUGGUGCCCCAGAUGGAGCCGCAACUGCAGGAGGGCUCCCCAACGGGGACCACGACUCUCUUGAACAAAGACAGGGACUUCGAGCGGGAGAAGGCGGUGGCAGAGGCAAGGAGUUGGGGGGAGAGCUGGAGAGAGAAGAGGCGGCAAAGCUCGGAGACUUGUAUUAAGGAUGUCGAAGGCCUUAUUAGGUGACAUCUUGAUGAUUAUAGUCGCAUGACGAGAUAGUAAUAAUCGAGCUUGCGAGAUACUAGGAAGAAGAUAUUGAUUUUUGGGUUUGCUUAUAUGAAUUGAUAUUAUCCUUUUUGUACUGCCGGGGAGAUAUCCUAUGUCAUUUGAAGCAUAAUUUUGAUCAAUAUGUUAA